GUUUGGCGCAUAAAAUCAAGCAUAACUGGAUCGGAUCGUGUGACAGCAGUAGAAGCAUCUAGCUGGUAUAGAUCAGCAAUUGCUGUCGCGAACGCGGAGAACCAAGAAUAAUUCUCCUUUUCGCCACUUUGUUACUAAUAUUAUUUCCAUUAAUUUACACAAUUACAUCUAUAUGGCCUUGGAACGCACACACACCAAUGGCCUUGGAACGUUUGAACCGCCGCCAACUACAGUACUCCACCUGCACAUCAGACCCCCCACGUCGUGCGCCACCUGCACAUCUAACCGCCCUCGAUGCACGCCGCCCAGGAGAAUUCGUCAGUGUGGUCCUAAAUUUCGUCGCCGUUUGGUUGUGCUUUUAGGAAAUUCGCCGUCAAAGACUCAGGAGAACGAUGCGCUCAUCGAGGAGGACGAUGAUGACGAUAUCAUCAUCACGAAAGUGACUGGAGAAAAGGAGGAUAAAUGCGAUUUGGAGGGACUGUUGGCGCAGAUUGCUCAGCAAAACUCGUCGUCGAAGGACAUCGUGCAGCUCUGCAACGAGCUGAAGAAGCUGCCAUCGGCACCAUUCGGAGUCCCAUUGUUGGAUAGUGGCUCAGCCACUGCUGGAACUCAACUCGUCAUGUUUGGAUCUCUGGUGAAACUCUUGGAGAGCUCAAAGCAAACUACCAGCGACAACAAUACAGCCGUCGGUCUAAUAAAAUCCAUUAAUGGAUCGCUGAAAUCGAUUGUAGACGGGGAGAAGACGGCCAACAAUGCCUGGAGAGAAUCUACCAUUGUGAUGCUCAGCAAGGAGUUGAAAAAGCUGGAAUUGGCUCGGCUCGAAGACAAGGAGGUGCAGAAGGACAAUUGGACCCGCUUCCAUGAAUGGGCUGACAAAUUGAAGAAGAACAAUGACGGGGAGACUGAAAAAACUGGUUCAACUUCAAGAGUUCCAUGCCUGUUGAAGAGAGGAAGCUCGGAAACGGUCGACGCGGUCAAAUUCGGAUCGAAAAACGCGGGAUUGACUCCUAAGGAGAAGAUCUUAGCUGCCCAAGCAGCCAAUGAUGCAAAGCCAAUCGGUAGAAACCAAUUAUCAACGAAUAUUUGUAUGUAUAAAUAUUGUGUUUUAUUAACUUCGCAAUAUCGAAAAUGCGAAGAUGAACUUAGAUGAAUUUUGAAGAUGUUU